GGAGGUUUAAAUCGUCCCGCUUGAGAGUCGAGAGUGUGAUACUGCUGCUGCUGCUGCUGCUUUUGCAAAGUUGGGGAUACUCAAACGUUUUAAAAUGUCACUGGAAAGACCACUUCAGGAGCUUCCUAGCUUGAGCGAGAAUCUGGAGAGCUCCCUGCUCGGCUCACAGAGAAGUAAACGGCCGAAACGACCCCACGCGGCAUGCCUCGAUGCUGAAAAUACUCCGCAGGAACUCAUUCAGAACUGGUCACCACCGCACAAACACCAGCGGGUUGCAGACAAGGGGAAGGAGAACGAAGAAAAUGUGUUUAUUUUGGCGAGGCGACCCAGGAAGCGGAGAGAUUCUCUAGGUGUUUGCUGGGACCAUCUGCCUGACGAGCUGCUCCUGCGGAUCCUGUCCUGCCUGUCGCUACGCGAUCUGCUCCGGACCUCCAGGGUUUGCAAGCGCUGGCACCAGCUCUCGUUUGAUGAGUCCCUCUGGCAGAGCGUGGAUCUGGAGGGAAAAGUCCGACUCGGCAACGCUCUCGGCCAGGUGCUGUCUGCUGGCACCCAGAGACUACGAUGCCCACACACUUCUAUUGGAGAACCGGGCUUUACCCAUAAAGAGCCACUGCGAGUUCAGCACAUGGACCUGUCUGGCUGCACCGUCUCAGCUGACGUCGUUUAUGACAUCAUUUCCCGCUGCGCACAGCUACAGAACCUCAGUCUGGAGGGGCUGGCUCUCUCGGACGGCAUUUUACAGUCUCUGGCGCAGAAUCCACAGCUGGUGCGGCUCAACUUGAGUGGAUGUUCAGGAUUCUCCUCUGCAACUCUGGCCCAGAUGCUGCAGUCCUGCACACGGCUGACGGAGCUGAACGUGUCCUGGUGUGACUUCAGCAACGAGCACGUGAAGGCCGUAGUGAGCAACGUCACUCCAUCCGUCUCCCAGCUCAACAUCAGUGGCUACCGGCAGAACCUCACCAUGGAGGACUUGAGGUGCCUGGUGGAGAGAUGCCCCAGUAUUGUCCACCUGGACCUCAGUGACAGUGUGCUGGUCACCAUCGACAGUUUCCCCAUCCUGCAGCAGCUGUCGUCCCUCAGACACCUCGGCCUGAGCCGCUGCUACCAGAUCCACCCGGCCGCCCUGCUGGAGUUUGAGCGGUUUGCGGAGCUGCAGACGCUGGAGGUGUUUGGGCUGGUGCAGGACGCUCACCUGCCGGCGCUGAUGAAGGAGCUGCCCAACCUGCGCCUGAACUCCCAGCGCUUCACCCCCAUCGCCCGGCCGACGCCCUCCGGCCGCGGCACCAGCGGCACCAGCGGCACCGGCACCAGCGCGGCCAUGUGGGGUCUCCCCUGCUCUCUGGUCUACCGGCUAUAGUACAUCCAGGUCAAAGGUGACAAGAGUGGGAGUGACAAAUGGACCAAAACCUUCACGUAACUAGCUAUGGUUCCAGCAAAGACUGAAAAGGGAUUUUUUUUUUUUUUUUUUUUUUUUUUUUGUGGUUUUAUCAAUGGUACAAAUGUUUCAAUUGCAUAGCUGUCGUUCAGGCUCAAUUGUAGAGUCGGCAGGUAGAGUUUCCUUUCACACCAGCUUUACAUUGACUUAACCAUGCCUAAUUUUUACCCCAUGUAGAUUUGUUUCAAUGGAUAUGUUCAAAAUAUCCCAAGAUUUUACCUUAUCAUUGUUACCAUGGAAAAGACUAUUACACAUUUUUAGUGGGCACAUCCUGACUGGCGUUUUAGAAUCCGUAUCUGCUGGAGCCCUGAUGUAUACGACAAUCGCAAGAAUCAGAAUCCGUGUGCUGGUGAACGCGCGCUCGUGUUUCAGUGUGCUGGUCAACAUGCGCUCGUGUUUCAAGCGGCCUUUUCUAGCGUCGAACUCUGCUGCUGCUCGUGCUACCCAGACCAGCAUUACGCGUAAAAACUACCCAGCACACACACGUAACAACUACCCAACACAUACACACACGCGUAACAACUACCCAGGUACUAUUACACGUAAAAACACACAGGGAAGUAUUAUGUGUAACAUCUGCCUAGGGAAGUAUUAGAAGAGCUUGAGUGUUAAGGGAAGUAUUAAGAGCUUAAGCGUGCAACUACCCAGGGAUGUAUUAAGCUUUUAAAUAAUUAAAAAAAAAACCUCAUCCUGAUGUGAGGCGCCAUUUGUUCUAAAGAUGGCCAAAAGAAAUGUGCGGUGUGCAGUCGGACAGCACAGUGUGAUGAUGUGGAGUUGUAAUAGAAUGUGAUUUCAACGUACCUGGCUGAUGAGAUAUGUUCACUUGAUAAAUUAACCUCUGAACAGGACCUUGUGCUAGAGUUACAUUGGAGGUGAUUGUUAGAAAUAUUUUUGUAAAAAUGGAUUGCAUUCAUGAAGUUGUUCAUGUUUUGAUGUAAAUAAAUGUUUUUCUACUUAC